AUCCACAAUACAAUGUCCCUUGUUAAUACUCCCAGGGCAACUGCAUUUCAACGACCCUCCAUCACCUGCACCACAACUCCUCCGAAAACUUCACCUUCACCUCAACCUUCUGCAUUCUCGACACUAUCUGCACUUGCCUUCGGUGGCGACGUGCAUCUUUACAUUACAACAGAAGCAGAAGUACUGGCGGCAUUGCGCCUACCUCCGUCCCCCCGCUGAACCCGAAUGCGCCCCCAGCAGCAGCCUUGCUCGCUCCUGCUAUUUUAACUGAUUGUUACCGUCAUACAACUUCCACGAGACUGCGAACAGUGACAAAUACCAACCACACCCGAGAGCCCUGGAUUUCCCUAUACCCUCAUAUGCUUCUCUCAAACCGACAUAAUUCGGUACCGCGACCUCGUUCCCUUCGCCCUCUCUUCUUACGCACACGCACAUCCUGUGCCCGAUAUUCCAAAUACCAAUCAUCCUUCCAUAGCUUCGGUUGAACGAACAACAUCGCCCUCUGGCGCUUAUAAAGGAAGUCAGUCAGACCUGAUACCGUGACCUUGCGAGGCACUUGACAAGCGUUACGACAGCUAUAUGCGAAGCAGAUCGUCCUGCUGAGCGAGAUAUAUAAAUCGACUAUACCUCCCAUCGGAGUGUUCCCAGACGGAAUGGAGAUGCAGACAGACCAAUAUGCGAAUCCCUCAGGCGGUAGCGGCUAUGGGAGCAGUGAGCAGUCGGAGAGCGGGAAAAGCCCCCUGUCGAUGAGCUUGGGCUUCCUCAAGACCCUCACGGAGAAGAAGAGCACUCGUGUUGAUGGACAGCCGUCCAAGCGUCGCGGCCCGAAACCUGACAGCAAGCCUGCCUUGACCCGACGUCAGGAACUAAAUCGACAAGCACAAAGAACCCACCGCGAGCGAAAAGAACUCUACAUCAAAGCGCUCGAGCAAGAAGUUCUCCGCCUGAAGCAGAACUUCUCUAGUGUUGCCCGUAGCAAAGAUACCCUCGCCGAAGAGAACCGUCAACUCCGGAACCUCCUGGCCGCGCACGGCAUCCCGUGGACCGGCAGCGGCGGCGUUGACGAGCUCGCCGCCACAGGUGGUAGCACAUCCUACCCCUCGUCGGGCUCCUUCUCCGGCUCCUACCCCUCCUCCGUCUCGCCCACCCCACAGUACAGUACCAACGCCGGCAAUAACGGAGCGCACCUUGCCCCGCCGCUCCCCCAGACCCCUCACACCCACCAUCCUUCAGCCGCGCAGGGCCUAGACCUCGACCAGGCCGGCAUAGACUUCGUGCUCACGCUCGAGCGACCGUGCAUGGAUCACUUACAGUUUUUGGUCGAAUUAUCGUCGACGCCCUCCGGCAUGCCUUGCGGACACGCACUCAUGGCGACAUGCCCCCCUGUCCCACACCCGGCUGAUGAGAUGCCCUGGGGCCAUGGGGUGGCGAGGCUGCCGCACGAAGAGCUCAAGACGUGGGAUCUGCAGAAGGGCGAUCUGGCGAAUUUGUUGGAUUUGAGUAUGCGACUUAAUCUUGAUGGGGAGAUCACGCCUGUUAUGGCGUGGGGGAUGGUGUUGGGGCAUCCGAGGUUUAGGGAGUUGGGGACUAGGGAGUUUGGGAUGGUUGUUGAAGAGUUGACGCCCAAGGUUCGGUGCUAUGGGUUCGGCGCUGUUCUUGAGGAGUUUGAGGUCAGGGACGCGAUGGAGAAUAUGUUCUCGACGCUGUGAUUUUGCACAGUUAUCACCUCGCUACAAGGAGACCACUGCAGCGGGACUCGGGGAUCUAGUCUCCCCUCUCCAUCUUACGGCGUGGCAGCCUGGUAUCGGCGUUCUUUCUUUAAUUAUUCUGCAGGCGGAAGGGGAGAGGGACAACGGAGAUAGGGGUUUUAAGAGGUUGAGUUAUGGAGUAGGACAGGUGGUGUUUAGAUGUUCACGGAAUUUUUGUUGUUUGUGUGCUAUCUAUAUCCUAUAUGGUUGAUUAUAUUCUACAGCCGGUUUUUAUUAAAAAAGUAUAGUAAUGAGAGAUCUGUCUGUUUGUA